UAUGUUGACUUUUUAAUUUAUUUAUUUGGAUUUUUUUCAGGACUGCACCUUCCAAUUACUUUCCCUGGAUGCCUGGAUCAGCAUGUGUUGUCAAAGACAAUCAUUGCAAGUGGCCCUUCUCAGCCUGUGAAGUCACGUGAGGGUGAUGAAAGGACAAAUUUUGCCCAUCUGUGGUACUUGUGGAACCGGACCAACAGUGCACAGCUGAGUUCUAUACCAGCUCCAGCUGACCACAAGGAGCUCUUUAAAGCUCAAGACCUUUCCAUCAUCAUCAAAGCGUAUGUCCUAGUGACAUCCUUAACACCUUUGCGGGCAUUCAUUCAUUCAACUGCCAUUGUCCGGCUUCCUCCCAAGAAGAAGCACUUUUCUGUAAAGCUACAAAGAUUUUUUGAGACAUUCUUCAAAUCCAGUUCCCCUCAGCAAGCCUUUGAUAAUAUGAAAGAAACGAUAAGUAAACUCUUACUGGUAGCUGAGGCAUUCAGUGAAUCACCCAACGUGGGACCAAAGACCUUCAGUAGAUGCAGUCUAUGUUUUCAAAUGUUAACCUUUGACAUUGGGUUCAACACCUCCAUGUAUCCAGUAGUUCUUGAGGUGCAUGAACACUUUGACUUUCAAGUUGAUGACUUGAAUUUUGAGGACCAAACUGUAAAAGAAUUUCUUCUUGAGGAUACGUUCAAGUUUCUCUUGUCUAAUAAGUCUUCAACUUCCAGUGUCUUUGAGGCUUUACAGAACAUUUACAAAUUAGCUGUGAUUAAGACUAACAUUGAACAUAGCAGACUUGGAAGAAGGAAGAGCUUCAGGGAGCUUGUUUGGUCUCCCCAAUUCUUUGCUCCAGCCCUGGCUCAGGAGGAAAACUACCGGAAGGAAUAUGAGCAAUGUCUGUCUUUAGAAGAGAUAAAUUCAAUGAUUCAUUUUAUAAAAGAGCUGAAGAGUAUGGGACAAUUUGAACUGCUUUUCCCGUCUUCUGUACCCAAGAUUCAAACUUUGCUGCAUGAUGUUUAUCACAUGGUAGACCCUAUGGGAAAGCUUGGGUCAGUCCUGACAGUACAUUGGUUUCUUUCCAAUUUACUUGAGCAGUUCCAGUUCAUGAAAAAAGAGGCGCGUCCAAAUCUUUCAGGAUGGAAAAUCAAGAAGAGUUCCAGAAACUCAUCUUGGACCAUAAUGAAAUGGUCAAAGCCCAGGAAUUCUUUCCCAGAAGAAGAAGGUGUUAAACAAAGAACUCCUUUCAACGUAAUGAAAAAUCAUAAAGAAUUGCAUUUUUCCAAUGAGACUAAAGAAAGGCAUUGCAGUCAUGAUAAAGAUACCCUAUCUCAUAUCAGGCAGAUCUUCACUAGCCCACCUUUGGACCUGAAUCCUAAAUUUAAUCCAAAGAUCAAAGAGUACUACACCGAAGUCCCAUUUGAUGUGGUGACAGUGAAGAUUGGAGCAGAACCCUCUAACUGUCAGUGCCAGGUGCACCUUGAUGAGAGGAAAGGACCAAGUGUUGCUAACUACCCCCUCGGCCUGGGAAUUAAUAAAAUCGCUAUUCUAGUAACAGAUAACUCGCAUUCCAACUCCGAGGUUUUGAGCAACUAUAAAAUCACUGUCUAUCGAGAAGACCGCCCGAGUCUGCCUUUGUUUGAGGACUAUAUGGUGUGUGGUUUUGUGCAGGUACUGUUUGCUUUUUCUUCAAAUAUACACUUUAUAUAUGUAUAUGGCCUGAUUAUGAUCUCACUUACACUGGUGUAAAUCAGAAGUAACUGAAUUGAAGCCAACAUGGAACCUGUUUCGAUUACAAUGAGGUCCCCUAACUCUUUGGAAAUUCUCAAUCCAUAUUGUAUAAAAUAGGGGAAUUAUGAAGUUUUUUGGCUAUAAAUAUAAAUUGUACAUCAGUAGCUUUUGUACUUUGUAUGCAUUGGAAAACUCCAAGCUAAGUUACCAUGACCUUGGUCAACUGAAAUCCUACUUGCCACGAUAUUGUGUCUUUCUUUGUAAGAAGCAUCAGAGUUAUCAGGACAGUAAAACAGAUGUAGUAAAGUUUCUGUAACUAUGAUCAUCUGUGGAGUUGAUGGCAAUGUUUUGAUCGUUAUGAUUGUGAUUAUGUAUUCAUUUAUUCUUUGCUUAGUGCUGACAGUGAGGUCAGUUCUGGUCAAGAUACAGAUGUCAAAAUGAUUUAUGAAUGAAAAAUGUAUAGUCUAGAAGACAAACAUAUAAAGUGAAAACACACAGGGGAGGCCAAAGGAAGGAAUGACCUUAGCUUAGAUUUUUUUAAGUGUGUGUGUGUAUGCAAAUGCAUUAUAUAUGUAUGCAAAUAUAUAUUGUAUGCAAAUAUAUAUCUAAUGUAUAUAUGGAUCCUUAUGGAAGCAUUGAGCCUUUAGAAGGGAUCUGAAUGAAGAAAAUCUUAGGGUCUGGCACACUGCAGUUGGAAGGACAUUUCAUACAUAGGGGUCAGCAUAGAAGAUGAGAGUAGGAAAAUUAAAAUAAAGGGGCACUGAGGUUUCAUUGUUAGUGGAGCAAAGGUGGUAAAGGAGAAUGUGCUAGGAUAUGAGAUCUGAGAUGUAGGCCAGGACAGCUUUGUGCAGGUCUUUGAAGGCUGAGCACUAGAAGUUAAAACUUGAUAUGGUGGGGAAGGGGAAAUCAGUGGAGAGAUUCCAAGAGGAAAGUGACAAUAGGCAAGAAAGAUAACUUGGUUUGUGGAGUUUUGAAUAGAUUGAAGAGUGGGGAGGUGUUAUAGGGAUCCCAGAGAGAUUAUUUCAAUAGCGCUAAAUUAUAUUAUCGCAAGCGGGCAGGAUUGUAAGCAAUAGGGCUUUAUUAAACUCAGCAUUGUGGGCUCAGACUCUGCCAUUUCUAUUUGUAUCACAAAACUUCUUGACUUACACCAAAUAUCCCCCUUUUAAAACCUGAUUCUUUUUCUCCAGUUUUUCUCAACAUACUACAGAGGAAGUUAGAGUAAUCAAAGUGGGAGCUGACACAUGUUUUAGAUUUUGGGACAGAAAAGGGUGUAAUUUUAAAAGAAAAGGUAUUGUGAAGAAAUAAGCAACAAGGCUUGCAACAGCAGCAAGGAGAGGUUGUCAGUGUUGUUGGGAAAUUGUGUAGUUGGCAGUAACGAAGUCAGUCCACAGGGUCCUUAAAAAACAAAAUCAUCAAUGCAAAUGUAUGGUAAAAUUCUCUUCUCUGAUUCUUAUAUGUAACCAAUGCAAAAUAUUCUAUAAACCCACACUAUAGGUUGAAGGGGAUAAUUUUGUUCUCAGAUUGAAAUCAAAUCCAAUCCCAGAGGAGAGUCUCUGAUAUGGAGCCAGAGUUCAGCCUGGCAUGUUCAGAGAUAUAAUAACCAAAUCUUCACUGAGCUUAACAUCUAUGUUUCUAAUCUAAUCUGUUGCUUUAUAUCAUGUACCUGCAUCAUGAAACCCAGGCACUGUUUCCACAAAGGUGAAUUAUGCCGGCUAGUGUUCCACACAUUUUGAAUUAAUUUGUUGUUGGAGCUUUUGUAUAGUUUUCAGGAAAUCCAGUGAUGCUAUAGGAGUGAGCAAUUGACUGCAGAAUAUAAAUAACCUUUUUCUUUAUAUUGCCUGAUGAGGCCUCUUUCUUUGUAGGUGGUCUGUUCUACAAUUAGGGAUUGUUUUUAGUGUUCUUUUUUGGAGACGUGUUAUUUUCUUAAUCUUUACUAAAAAGGACCCAAAAUUGAUUCUGACUGGGUCUUCUUUUCCUCAUUAAGUUUUGGCAUGUUGAAAAGUAUGAUUAUGGAAAAGUUUUGGCAAUAGUUACUCUUUCAGUAACUAAAAACAGGUAUGUAGUCUUGAAAUAAGUUUAAAUGCACAAGUGAUAUAAAAGGCGUGGAAGUGCGCCUAUCAGUUUUCUUGAUGUAUAGUAGUGCCGAUUUUCAUAAAUCCUACUUGCCUGAAUUAAGGCAGUGAUGUACUUUCAUAAGUGAUAAGGGUAGGGAGCAAAUUACAGUCAGGAGAGGAUUAAGAGUUGCUCAUGAGAUCUAAGCCAACACAGCAUUUGAAGGUGGCCCAGUGACUUGCCUGAUGUCAGUAGUGAAUCGGAGUAAAACAGGAGAGCAGCAGUGGGAGGGUAUAUCAUAUGCUACUUGGAAACCAGAAUUGUCUGUGAAGAUGAGAAAAGCCACUCCUAUCACCCAUCUUGAGCAUAUAUCUGGUUCCAGGAAUAGGAAUUUGUGCUAAUGUAUGUUCUCCCACAUUACAGUUUACACUGUUGUUAAAGUUUUAUUUUAGUAUGUAUGCGCCCUCAUGCCAUAUCUUUGAAGCACUGUUGAGAGAUCUGGAAUGCUUAACAUGAAAAGUGCUGUAUAAGUUCCUUUUGCUUGAACUGCAUUUGUAUGCUCAUAUGUGAAAAGCUUUUUCCUAAUUAAAUGUAUCAUGUAAUUGUUCAGAGCUAUGGAGGUCUUUAAUAGCUAAAAAUAAAUAUGAGAAGAAAAGCAUUUUUGAGGUAUCUAAUGGGGAUUGUGAAGAUGCAGCAUGUGAUUAUAAAGAAGCAUUUCUUUUUAGGUAUGUUGAAGGCAAACAUUUCAGAAACUAUCUUAUUAAAUCUAAAAAACCCAAAGUUAUUAAGGUUUCGAACUGGAGGUAAAAAUGGCAUCGUAAAAAUGCCAAGAUAUUGCAUUUCUUUUUUGCUUCAUCCGUAUUUGCUAGAGCAAACACUCUUUUGUUUAUGGUGAUUUAUUGAUAGGAAACAUAUUUUAAGUGCUCCAAAUAUUAUAAUUAUAUUACACUUUCUGUAUUGGAGUACAUUACACACACAGGCAGCAUUUGUUAUAGUCACUGUUCAAUGGCUUCCAUGCUUGUUCUCUUAGUAACCAGACACCUGUUCCAGAAGCAAAAGGAUAAAUACACUGUGAACUGAUAGAUUCUCCUUUGGAUACUUGACUAUGCACAACUGGGAUCAUGCCUAGGAAGAGAAAGGUCAAUGACAGUGGUGUGGUCUUUCUCACAGUAGGCUUCAGUUAGAAUUCUAAUCCAGAGACUUUUUUUAAAAACUUUCUUUUAUGUUUAAUCCCGUUAGGAUAUUCAGGUUUCACUGCAAGCUGAUACCAUGAUGAAGGUUACAAUACAAAGACAGAGCUAGAGAUGUUGUUUCCAGUCUUCUAACAAUUCUCAUGCAUCUGAGUAAUCCUGGAUUAAGUUCAAGGCUAUUCAGUUAAGAAGUGUGUGGUUCCGAGCCUCACAUUCCCUCGGAGUACCAAAUUAUUGUCCUUUCUCCUUAUUGAUAGCAGCCAGAAUGUCCUCAUUAAAACCAAAUUAGUAGGGGAUAAACUGUAAAUGAAAAGCUUGUUGGUUUGUUUUUGUUUGUAAUUUCAUUUUAUUGGUGACAACAUUCAAAGUAUUUGAAUUUGGUUGCGUGGCACCAUUGCUAUAUUCCUAAUGGCCUUGUAAUCUCUAUGUAGGCAAUGUACAAAAAGAGCAAGUGGAACCAAUAGGUUGUUUCCAUGAGACAGGGAUACCACUAUAACCCCCAUACGGCAGAGCCUAACAUUAGUUAUGCACUGUCAUAAUGGUCAGAACUAAUGUAUGGAAAUAACCAGAGUAUCUCUCCAUUUAUUAUGUUGUGCAUUAUCUUUAAAACACAUAGCAAUUUAUUUAUGUAUUAGAGUAAAAUGUUUUUAAUGUUAAUUACCUCUUUCAUUUUUAAUACUGGUGUAGCUAGAGUUCUGGACAGUGACUGGUGACAUGCAAAGGUUAGAAGCCACUCUGUGACGCCCUGAAAAUUUAUAUCUACAGUAUCAUGUUAAUAUUUUUUGUGCACGUUCAUUUUCUUAAUAGCAUUAGCUAUUCUUUUUUGGUUUUGUGCUGAGAGAAAUGAAUAGCCAAUACACUAUUUGCUAGUUACAGUGUAUCAUUAUCCUUGUCCCUGCAUUUCUGUGAAACAUAAUAAUACUAUAAAGAAUUAGUACUGUACAGUGGUUCCAUUAAGUAAGUUUCUAUUAAUUUGAAAGU